CCCUAAUCACCCGCAUUCGAUUCGCAAAAAAACCAGUCGAAGUUUACGAGAAGAGUGUUUAUUUUUUAUUGUAAAAGUAUGUCGGUUGCCUCACCUUCAAAUCCCUCAAUUUCCUUGCAAAGCAAGCGGUGGAAUGGACUGCGUCAUGUGCUGGAACGCGAGGGUCUGUUCUGCAAGGAUGACUUUACUCCCUCGCCAGACAAUUUGGAAUUCCUUCAAACGAAGGGCAAGGUGCUCAUCAUUGGUGCCGGCGGUUUGGGCUGUGAGCUUCUGAAGGAUUUGGCGCUGAUGGGAUUUGGUGACUUACAUGUGAUUGAUAUGGACACAAUAGAGCUGUCCAAUCUAAAUCGACAGUUUCUGUUUCGGCGCACGGACAUUGGCUCAUCAAAGGCGGAGUGCGCCGCUCGCUUUAUAAACAGUCGGGUGCCCACCUGUAAGGUGACACCGCAUUUUGCCAAGAUUCAGGACUUUGACGAGUCUUUCUACCAGCAGUUCCAUAUUAUUGUUUGCGGCCUGGAUUCAAUUGUGGCACGUCGCUGGAUUAAUGGCAUGUUGCUUUCCAUGCUGCGAUACGAGGAGGACAAUACCAUUGAUGUGUCAUCCAUUAUACCAAUGAUUGAUGGCGGCACUGAGGGGUUCAAGGGCAAUGCCCGUGUCAUUCUACCUGGCUUCACGGCCUGCAUUGAAUGUACCUUGGAUUUGUUUCCGCCACAAGUCAACUAUCCGCUGUGCACCAUCGCCAAUACACCACGACUCCCGGAGCAUUGCAUUGAGUAUGUUAAGCUAAUACAAUGGGACAAGGAGAACCCUUUCGGUGUGCCCUUGGACGGUGAUGAUCCGCAGCACAUUGGCUGGAUCUAUGAGCGUGCCCAGGAACGCGCAAAUCAGUUUAAUAUAGGCGGCAUUACGUAUCGCCUCGUGCAGGGCGUCAUCAAGCAUAUUAUACCGGCGGUGGCCAGCACAAAUGCAGUCAUAGCCGCCGCCUGUGCUCUGGAGGUCUUCAAGCUGGCCACCAGCUGUUAUGACAGCAUGUCCAACUAUUUAAACUUUAACGAUCUGGAUGGAAUUUACACCUAUACCUAUGAGGCAGAGAAAUCAGAGACUUGUCUUGCUUGCAGCAAUAAUCCACAAUUGCUGAACAUUGAGAAUCCCAAUACGACAACGCUGGAGGAUGUAAUCAAACAGCUUUGCGAAUCCCCACGAUUCCAACUGAAGAGUCCGGCUCUGACCACCGUCAUGGCCGAUGGCAAGCAACGCACCUUAUACAUGGCCAAUGUGAAGAGCAUUGAGGAGGCGACACGCAAGAACCUUACACAAUCUCUUGGUGAGCUGUGCCUUCAGGAUGGUCAGUUGUUGACCAUCACGGAUGCCACAUCGCCUACUGCAAUGACGCUUCAGCUCAAGUAUCAGGCCAACGAGGUUGAAAUGCUAUAAAUUAUAAACAAAUAAAAUGUCUAAACAAUUUAUUUAUGUAUUAAGAUUAAAUUUUUGUAGAGA